GCAUAUUUCUCUCCAGAGGGUCCAAAAUCUCAAUUUUGAUCUGGUAUUACUAGGCUCAGGCUCCCCUUGUUCCCGGUCGUUUGGAUCAAUACUUUUCAUUGUCACUGUAAAUUUACCAUUCCGCGACCGGUGUCGGUGGUGGAAAGGCCGGUGUUUUUCCCGAGUUAAUUCAAUAUUUGUAUUCGUUAUUUAUUGUUUGUUGUUGAGUUCACUGCCCCGAGUCUUCUGUUAAAUUAGUUGGUGAAGUUGAACAACAAGAUGUCUGGGGAACAGCGGAAAAGAAAAUGUCCCUCUAAAAGAGGCCAAAAAGACCUGGAAAAUCCUGGGAGUAGCAGACCUCAGGCCGAGAGCUCUGCUACGGCAGAUCUUAGCACUGAUUCCGAUGGGAACUCUAACCCAUCAUAUAACACCAUCCAUUCGCGCAACAUUGCUGCUCUAUAUAAUCGGCUGAAUGCUAAUCGACAGAGGGUUGUAGAAAAUCGGCUCCAGAAUCUCGCCGAUCGUCAACAGAUGGCUGCAGCGGCUAUACCGAUCGCUGAAUACCGUAGGCGACAAGCCGAACAAGCCCUUCUUCGCAAUAAUGCUGCCGAACAGCCCCGUCGCCUUAAUGCUGCCGAACAAUUCCGUCUUGCGGCUGGUGUACAGUACAGACGUCCACCUGCGGAACAGCUCCAGCAUGCCGUUGCGGAACAGCCCCAGCAGGCGGCUGCGGAACAGCCCCGGCAUGCGGCUGCCGAACAGCCUAGGCAGGCGGCUGCCGAACAGCCCCGUCAUGCGGCUGCUGAACAGCCCCGGCAGGUGGCUGCCGAACAGCCCCGCCCUAUGGCUGCUGAACAGCCCAGACGUGCAGCUGCCGAACAGCCCCGUCGUCAAGCUGCCGAACAGCCCCGUCGUCCAGCUAAUGAACAGCCCCAGCAUGCGGCUGCCGAACAGCCCCGGCGAGCAGCUGCCGAACAGCCCCGUCGUCAAGCUGCUGAACAACCCCGUCGUCAAGCUGCUGAACAACCCCGUCGUCAAGCUGCUGAACAACCCCGUCGUCAAGCUGCUGAACAACCCCGUCGUGUAUCUGCCGAAAUCCGACGGCCAUCUGCAUCUGGUAAUCGACGGCCUAUUCCAGUCGAAAACCGACGGUCUUCUGCAUCCGAAAACCGCCCCCCAGCUGCGUCGGAAAACCGUCCUCCAGCUGCGUCGGAAAACCGCCCACCAGCUGCGUCGGAAAAUCGACGCCCUGCUCAGUUAGAGAGUAGAAACCGCCAAGCUGCUUCCAACAGUGGACUUCCGUCUUCUUCCGGCCAUCAGUCCGGCUCUGAUAAUGGACGCUCAAAUUAUCCAGAGACUCGACGUCCAACUCGUCCUAAUCUCGCUGAUAUGCAAAACAUGGCUCCCAAUAUUAUACGACAGCCUAUCGCUGUGCAAGCUCCAGUGCCAGUCCGGGUUCCUCUGCAACCUCGUGGACAGAUCCCGCAGGCACCGCGCCCGCCUCCCGCAGCUGCUCCCAUCUCGGAUUAUCAAGCUCUUAUGAACAUAUUUCAAGGGCUUUCGCUGCUAGACAGUACUGUCCGCAAAGUUCGAAACAACACUGGAGAUUUUCUCAACUUGCUGUCGUCUCACGUUACUGUGGAUUCCACGGGGAAUUUUAGACGCAUCGAGCCUGCCGCGAUUGCACUCUAUGUAGUGGGUGCAGAGGAAACUGGCAAAUGCUGCAACUGCAACCGAGACGCAAAUACAGUAUGCGGAAAAUGCCGCGCCGCAUGCUAUUGCUCAAGCUUUUGCCUCCAACGUGACUGGGGAAAUCAUGAAGAUGAGUGCAAUCUGGAAACUUUGACCAUGGUGCAGACAUCGGCUCAGCAGAAACUGCGCAUCUAGUAUGACGAUAUCAUCAAGAUCCAGAGGGUUCUUGGUAAGAUGUAUGCUAAUUGGGUGCGCCUGAUUCUUGGCUUCCGUAGACAGCGCCCGAUGUAAGAAGGUGGCGUCAACACGGAUUGGUAAUCAGGUGUGAAAAUUGAGGAGGAUGUGAGUAGUUGUUGUGCUGGUACGGCCAUACGUAACUGAAGGACUGCUUUUACUUAUAAACAUUUUGUGUCUAUUUGUGUAUUAUCAACAUAAUUGUGUGUCUCUCCGUCAAAUAGUGUGCGCAUUUAUCCAGAUGUUGGAGGAAGUAAUUAAUUUAUUGUGUGUUCCUGCUUCAAUAUGUCUCCGAGAUUCCUGACGCUGUAAGUCAGCAGUGGAGUCCCGCGUUGGUUUUCUGCUGGACGUUAGCCACAAUUACUGUGCACUAUGACGAGCUUAAUGUUUAUUCGUACAUUAAAUGUAAUGGAUGUCUAUCGCCGCAAUGGUGUAUAAUGUUAUUAAGUAGUCCUGUCACACGUGAGCCCACUGUCCAUCAAUAUAUUGAAGAUGCAGCAUUCUACGGACACGUGUGACGAUGUCUGUACGACUUUUUGUCCGAUUAAUUAUUAUAAUAAGUCUUAUAAGGCCUACGGUUUCAAUGGUAAUAAUUAUGAUCAAUAUGAUACGACUAGGAUUUAAGAUUUUUGAAUGUUUUAACGAAAUAGUAUGUAAGUAACAUUUCGGUUCUUGAAUACAAAAUUUAUGAUAUAAGAAAUACCCAAUUUGGCCACUGGUGAUUCUGAUGGACCGCACAUUAAUGAUUCAUCAUUGUGUGGAAAAUAAGAAUUACCCAUAAAAUAAUGAAUUAGUCUACAGUAUGAUACAUUUGAAUUCUCAUGUGUGUAGUUAACAAUGAUAUAUUUAAUCAAAUGAAUUCUCAGUGUUCACAUAUAACCAUAGAUUUAAGAAUGCCAAAAGGCUCUGUCCUUCUGUGACUUCUGCACUCUGUGCACAUUGUGUAUCAAUUAUUGUCUUUUAAUAUAUUAAGCAACUCUGUGUGAAGUAAUUAAUUCUGUAUUUGAUUGGCGUAUACAUUUUAAGCCACCGAUUAUAAUAUGUGUACCUAACUGUAAGGUUUUAAAAUAAGAUAUGUGAACUCAUCUAUAUCAUUUUAAUCAAGAUAUUCUGUGUGAAACGAUAUGUCAUAUUCAUCCAUUUAGCCCGACGUCACCCAUUGUGGGUAUCAAUAUAUCAUGUAGUAGUUAGUGAUGGGUAAUAAUAAAAUUAAACGUCCUUAA